GGAAGGAAGGAAAAAAAAAGCUGUAGAGAAUCCUGUAAUGGCGACGGGUUUGUCAGAUAAUUUGAAGCACCCUACAAUGGUUUGGGAAGUAAAGACAAAUCAGAUGCCUAGUACAGUGCAGAAAGUCCUAUUGGUAGUGGACAAGAGAACUUCUGGAAUGAAUGAGUCACUGGACUUACUGAAGUGUGAUGAGAAUCUUCCAUCUUCUCCUGGAUAUGCAUCUUGUGAUGAGCACAUGGAACUUGAUGAUCUUCCUGAAUUGCAGGCUGUCCACAGUGAUUCUAACCCACCUGCACUUUUCCAGCUAAGUGCUAAUGUCUCACAUCAGGAAUAUGCAAGGCCUUCUUGGAACCAGCAUACCUCAGGCAACAGUUCAGGAAGUGCUUAUAUGCGUGAGAACGGAGUGAACUGGUUGACGGAACUGGCAAAUAUAGCUACUAGUCCACAAAGUCCUCUUAUGCAGUGCUCAAUUUAUAACACAUCAUCUCCGGUUCACUUAUUAGCUACAAGCAAAAGUUUACAUUCCUAUGCACGCCCACCACCAGAAUCCCCUCCAAAUGAGACUGUUUUUCCCAAGCAUCACAUUGAGGAAACACCAGUCAGACAUGAAAGGACAAAUAGUGAAUCAGAGUCUGGCAUUUUCUGUAUGUCAUCCUUGUCAGACGAUGAUGAUCUGGGAUGGUGCCACUCUUGGCCUCCAACUGUUUGGCACUGUUUCCUUAAAGGAACACGUUUAUGCUUUCACAAAGGACACAAUAACGAAUGGAAAGAUGUUGAAGAUUUUGCUAGAUCCACAACCUGCAAAAAUGAAGCUGAUGAUUCAGUGGGUGCCUAUAAAGGAUAUGGCUCUGAUGGCUUGAAACUGAUAUCACAUGAAGAAAGUGUUUCGUUUGGCGAGUCAGUACUUAAGCUGACUUUUGAUCCUGGCACGGCAGCAGAGGAUUUACUUACUGUAGAGUGCAGACUAGAUCACCCUUUCUAUGUUAAAAAUAAAGGUUGGUCUUCUUUUUAUCCAAGCUUGACUGUGGUUCAACAUGGUAUUCCAUGUUGUGAAAUGCAUGUUGGCGAUAUAUGUCUACCUCCUGGACACCCUGAUGCCAUAAACUUUGAUGAUUCAGGUGUUUUUGAUACAUUCAAAAGUUAUGAUUUUACACCAAUGGAUUCAUCUGCAGUCUACGUGUUAAGCAGUAUGGCUCGUCAACGGCGUGCUUCUUUAUCUUGUGGAGGGUCUGGAAGCCAAGACCUCGAAAGAUCAGAUUGCAAUUCAAAUUGUGGGCCUGCUCGGUCAACACAGAUUUCCUCCAUGUAUAGUAAAUCUGGCAAAAACCACAACUCAGGGACUGCAAGUACUAUUAGUGCCACUUCUCCCAACAAAUGCAAAAGACCAAUGAAUGCCUUCAUGCUUUUUGCCAAAAAGUAUAGAGUAGAAUAUACUCAAAUGUACCCAGGAAAAGAUAACAGAGCCAUAAGUGUGAUACUUGGUGACAGGUGGAAGAAAAUGAAAAAUGAGGAAAGACGGAUGUACACAUUAGAAGCCAAGGCCUUGGCUGAAGAACAAAAACGUUUAAAUCCUGACUGCUGGAAACGGAAACGAACAAAUUCAGGUUCACAGUAGCAUCAGGUUGGAAUUCUACUAAAUGCACGGUGGUGGAAGACAUGAUCAAGGUUUCAUGAUUUGUUGUGGAGGUGUGACGAUAAUACAUUGGCAGCAUUGAGUCACUAGGAAUGAAGUUUUGCUUAUUACAGUAGAGCAUUAAGCAAGCUAAAAGUAUCAACAUUUUAAAAACCAAAUUGCCUUAUUUUUUUCUUCCAAACUAUAUAUAUGUCUAUCAGGUGUAAUAGGCUUGAAUAUGGAUAUCCUGUGGUGCUAAAGAAUAGUAGGAAGAAGAGGAGCUUUGUAUAAAAGUUUAUUUUCUAAGAAAAAUGCACAAAAAGGGGAAGUUUAAAACAUGUAACAUCUGUUUAUAGAUAAAUUCUUAUUGCUGAUUAAUACGUAUUGCACAAACUAUGUAAUUAACUACAAAUCUGCAAGCUGGGAUUUUCUGACAUAAUAUAUGAAUUUCUAGUUUGCCCAGUGCCAACAAGAUAUCAGAAUAUGUGGCAAAGUGAAUAGUAUAAUGUACACUAUAUGUAGCAAAUUGUUGUCUGUAUGGGAAGGUGUCACAUUUAUAAUUUAUUUUGGGUGUGAUACCUGCCUAGUAAAAUAAAAGGCUUGUAGAAGCCUAAGCUGUAUUGGAAAAGAUUAAAACCGUAAGUAGAUUGCAUUGUUCCAAGAGAAUGGUGCUUUCAUAGUAUCAUCAUUUAAUGUUAAUUUUUUUCUAUGCUGCAUAUUUUAAAGAUUUUAUUUUGCCAUAAGACAUCUUUUAUGGUGGGGACAAACUUUGCACUUAUUGUUGGUGCAAUAUUUGCACUUUACUUUUUUCCCUCCAUCUAUCUAAAAGUAGAGCAGAUAUAUUAGAUUUAUGGCUAUUUUUGCUGUGAACAUUUACAACAUAGCUUUUAAUGUUACUAAAUAGUGUGUUUCUGUCAAGAAUCACAACAAUAAAUUUCAGCACCUGAUAUGUAUGUCUACAUGUUGCUCCUAUGAUUUUGCACACUGUAUUCAUGUAUUAUUUCAAAUAAAUUUGUAAAAAUU